AUGGACGUUUACCCCCGCAGGCUCUACUUACAGGCGGGCCGGGGCUGCCCGACGUGCUGCUGCUUCGCCACGCCGGACACGGUGCAGUGCCGCUACGUGCGCCUGCUGGAGCCGCCGGCCGACCUGCCGCGCGCCGUGCGCAACCUCUCCAUCGCCGGCGGCAACCUGACGGUGCUGCGCGCCGCCGCCUUCGCCGGGGGCUGGGCGCCGGGGGGCCGGGAGGCGGCGGCGCGGCCGCUGGCCCAGCUGACGCUGCUGGUGCUCACGCACGACCGCAUCGCGGCGCUGGAGGAGGCGGCCUUCGCGGGCCUGCCGGCGCUGGCCACGCUGGACCUGAGCCACAACCCGCUGCGCGCCGUGGCGCCGGGCGCCUUCGCCGCCUGCGGCCGCCUGCGCACGCUGCGCCUCAACCAGGCGCUGCCGCCGGCCCCGGGCGCCGCGGCCGAGCUGCUGCUGGGCGGCGCGCUGCGCAACCUCAGCCUGGCGCGCCUGGAGCUGGCCGGCAACCGGCUGCGCGAGCUGCCGCCCGCCGCCGCGCUGCCGCCGGGCCUGGAGGAGCUGGACGUGCGCAACAACUCGCUGCGGGCGCCGCGGCCCGAGCGCCUCGACGGGCUGGCGCGGCUGCGGCUGCUGCUGGCCGCCAACCCGCUGCACUGCGACUGCGCCUCCCUGCGGCCGCUGCUGGCCUGGCGGCGCAACGCCACGUGGCGGGCGCCGGACGCGCGCGGCCUGCGCUGCGCCUCGCCGCCGCCGCUGCGGGACGCGCCGGUGCUGCGCCUGCGGGCCGCGCAGCUGGGCUGCCCCGACGGCGACGCCGACGACGAGGCCUGGGGGCUGCCGGAGCCCGACGGCGCCGGGCAGGAGCAGCUGGAGACGGCCUCCUACGUCUUCUUCGGCGUCGUCCUGGCGCUCAUCGGCGUCGUCUUCCUCAUGGUGCUCUACCUCAACCGGAAAGGCAUCAAGCGCUGGCUCAACAACCUGCGGGAGGCCUGCCGGGACCAGAUGGAGGGCUACCAUUACCGCUACGAACAGGACAGCGACCCGCGGCGGGCCGGCCCCGGGGACCUCUGA